CAGCGCGUUUGAUAGUAUCAACGAUGAAGCCGAUAUUUGUUGGGAACUUUGGGUAUGACACCCGGCAAUCUGAGCUGGAGCGGGCAUUCGCCAAAUAUGGGAGGGUCGAUAGGAUCGACAUGAAAUCUGGAAUUUCUACUAAGGAAAAUGAACCAAGCUCCUAUCUGGGCUCAUCACCAUCUGUGCAUAAAAAUUAAUUUGGAAGGAAACUUCCUGCUUGCCUGCUUAGCUUCAUCUAAAGAUAUCAUCAUCCUGAUUUUUCUUCAAUCAAUCAUUCGUCAUUCAUCUACCUCUUCACUUAAGUUGCAAUACACCAGAAUCGUCUUAAUGGAUUGAUCUUUAUCUCACGCCUCAUCAAUUAAGUCGCAAUUCACCAGAAUCGUCUUAAUGGAUGUUCUAUAUCUCAUGCCUUGCCUACCUAUCACCUCUGAUCAUAGGACAUCACUGAAUUCUGGUCAUGCCUCCCAUUUGAUAAUAGUGGCUGAAUGAAUCUGUCUUGCCAUGCCUUCCAUUUCUGAACUCGUGCUGUGUGAAAGGCGAAGCAUGGUUGAAAUUUUGGAUUAAAACCUUUAGUAUGCAACCAUCUUAUUUCAUCAUGCAACGUCUCUACAGCUAAAUGUGCAUCAGUCCUACCAUAUUUUCAGGUUUUGCUUUUGUUUACUUUGAAGAUGAGAGGGAUGCUGAUGAUGCUAUUCGUGGCCUUGAUAACAUGCCAUUUGGUCAUGAUAGACGCAGAUUGUCUGUGGAAUGGGCUAGGGGUGAACGGGGUCGUCAUCGUGAUGGAUCCAAGUCGAUGGCAAAUCAGAGGCCAACCAAAACCUUGUUUGUGAUCAAUUUCGACCCAAUUCAUACUAGAGUUCGUGAUAUUGAAAGACAUUUUGAACCUUAUGGGAAGGUCCUCAAUGUCCGCAUAAGAAGGAACUUUUCAUUUGUACAAUUUGAGACGCAGGAGGAGGCAACCAAAGCCCUUGAGUGUACACACAUGAGCAAAAUAUUAGACAGGGUUGUGUCAGUUGAGUAUGCUUUGAGGGAUGAUGGUGAGAGGGGUGACCCUUAUGAUGAUAGCCCCCGGAGAGCAGCAUAUGGGCGGCCUGGGGAUAGUCCUUACCGGAGGUCACCUAGUCCAUUGCGCCGUCGACCAAGUCCUGACUAUGGGCCUCGCAGCCCUGCUUAUGACAGGUAUAAUGGCCCUCGUGAACGACGCAAGAGUCCUGAUUAUGCUCGGAAUCGAAGCCCUGAAUAUGGUAGAUAUCGCAGUCGUUCACCCAUUCGGAGGUCAAGAACCUGAAGAAAAAAGCUAAUUUGGAUUUUCAGCUACAUUCUUAGGUGUAGGUAAUGGUGGAGUGUUUAGAUAUUAGUGACAAGUUCCUGUACUAUAAAACCAACCCCUAUAUUGACUACUUGAACAAUUGUUGGUAGUUUGGGGAUGAUGAUGAAACACGUUUCUCUGUUUUUGAAUUAGUAGUUGCUUUGGUGUUAACGUUUUACCAAGGCUGUCCUGUCUUAACGAUGUGUCAGUGGCCACGAGCCGGCGUCCUUUCAGUUAGUGUUAAUUCCUGGUUUACUUCUAUCUAGUACGUCUUGUCUAAACGAUUUGUGGCAAUGCAUGAGCUUUGUUGAAUUCCCUCA